CACAAUGUGUAUAAGCAAACAUAAUUAUAAAGAAAUCCUAUUAUUGUUAAUUGUAUUCAUAGUAUUAUAAAUAGUUUAUUUAUACAAAUAUGGUACGCGAUAAUAUUGGCUAUGCCAACUCAAAUAAAGAUUUACAAAAAGUGUGGGAGUGUAUUGCUCAAUCGAUUGAAAAUAAUAUGAUCAAAGACAAAGGAACAUUAUUAAAAGGAAUUGGUUAUUUUACUGUGGCUAAAUGGAUGAUAAACGAAAAUAAAGUGCACCCAAAUACAAUUAGGAAGCCGGUUUUUGUAAUAGAAGAAAAAUUAGCGAAAGAUUUCAAUCUAAAAAGAUCAAGGCCAUAUAAUUCAGGAAUUAUACAAGAACGCUGUUUAAAUUUUUUAUUGAUUGCCCGUAAUUGUGAAUUAAACGUGAAUAUGGUCAUUGAUUACUAUAAAGAAGUAGUUUCAUCGUUUAAAAAAUUACUAAGCGAAGAAAAAAAUUGUGAGCUUCCUUUCCCAAAAAUUGGUAAAAUAAAAAUAAAAAAUAAAAUGGUAACAAUGAACUUUUAUCAAGAAUUCUUGGAACGACAGAAUAAGAAUUUUAAAAAGCAAAUUGUAGCUAAUCGGAAAAAAAAUCAAGCCAUUUCCUAUGAUCCCGAUUGGAAUGCACAUCAAUUUGAAAAUCGAAAACGACCAUGCUCAGCAAUGUCAACUAUAAUAACCCGUCCAGCGUCUUCAUUAUCGCAAUAUAGACCAGGAUCCGGUUAUGUAGGUGUGUUACCCAAUCUGAGACCCAACUCUAGUCUGUCUGUUCGUUCCAACACUUCAGACGAACAAAUCAUACCGGGUAGACCCCAUUCCAGAUUGUCUCUACAGUCCCAUAAAGAACUGAUAAGCAGACCCUUGUCCAGGACGUCUGUCCAGUCCUGCGACGAGAUUUACCAGACUAGACCGAUGUCGAGAAUUUCAAAGCAAGAUAGGCCGUCGUCCAGAAGAUCAGUGCGAUCAGUAAAAUCUAAUUGUAGCAUGCUUUCGAAACACGAGACGUUUUCCCCUUCCACGUGUCCAACUAAAUUAGUAGCAGAAUGUAAAGAUUAUGGACUACCAGAAUCGCCGACAUGUGGUUUAAUCGAUCCUGCAGCUGUUCCACCAGGCUCUAAUUUAUCAGCGUCGAAACUUGAAGAAAAAAAUCAAUGUGUUGAUGAAAAAACUUUAUUUAUUUAUGGACACGAUAGAGAUGAAACCCUUUGCCAUGCAUGUAAUAUUAGAGAAUAUCGUUUAAGACAAAUUGAUAAUAUAUAUAAACCUAAAUUAUCAAGAGAUAAUUUUAUGAAAGGAGAUAAUCUAAUCAAUGAACUUUUAAACACGGAAACUCUAAAUAAGCGUAAAGACCAACUAAAGCAAAUAUCCGACUAUAACUAUAAUACUGCAAAACAAUUAUCAAAUUCGAUUGAAAACGAGAAAAAUAUAAAUCGAAAAGAAAAAAAUGUUGACAGUUAUAUUUUGAAAAAAAGACCAGCAAGUAUUAAUAUUGAAAAAAAAAAUAACUUUAAACAAUCAUUAUUAGAUCAAAUACAAUGUAAUAAAAUUAAAAAAGAAACAGACAAGAUCGAAUCUUUAAAAAAUGAAAAACUGAUGCAAACAGAAUUGUUAAAUAGUCUAUAUGAUGAGAGAAUAAGAAAUAUAGAAGCAAAAAAUAGGUCAAAAAAAAAUUAUUUAACUAUCAUUGAUGAACACCUGAAAAAAAAAAAUCAAUUUACAGAAGAACUUAAAAAAAAAGAUAUAACAAUACCACUGAAUAAAACAUUUGUUUUCGGCCCUGAUCAAGUUAAAUUACAAAAAUUAAACAAUUGUAAACAUCGUCAGAUAGCCAAUUACCAAUUGGAACAAAAAAAUGCACGAAAUAUUGAACUUCGAGAACAAAAAGAGAAAAACAUUGAUUUUGAAAGAAAUUUGUUGAAUAAACUUAAAGAAAAAGAUGAAACAUUCCAAAGAAAUUUGUUACAAAAAAAAUUAAACCAAAAGAAAUUGUUGAAGGAAGAUCUAAAUAAACUUUUGGACUUAUCAGAUACCGAACGUAAUAAAAACAAAGUACCUGGUUCAUAUCCUAUGAGCUUUCCACUGAAAAAAACAGUAAAACGAUGUCGAAUAUGUAAAAAGAAUGGACUAGACUUUCUUGUGGAAAAAAUAAGUGAUUUCAUGUGUUGAAAAAACAAACUUGAAUAUUAUCAACACGGUGACUGACACAGGACAUCAUGUAAUAGCUGCAAGUUGUAUAAUUAAUUUAUAAAUGAUUUUAAAAAAAAGUCUAAGUCUGGGGCCCUCAUCUAAAAUCUACACGCCAAAUAUUAUAUAACCGUAUACAUUUAAUUGUCUUUUUUCAGCCUACACUCAUAGUGCCUAUUUGUGUUCAAAAUGAAAUUAUAUCUGAAUGUAUUUGUUGAGUAAAUAAGUAUAAUCUUAUCAAAUUUAAAUACCUACAAGUUGAAAUUGAGUUUGAAAAAACUUGAAUUUAUAAUCAAUAACUAUUGUCAAUUACAUAAUAAAUAAAGUAGGUACCUACAUAUCUUUUUAAUACAUUGUAGUAGUGUCAAAAAAGCAAUAAUUACAACGUAAUAUUUUCUAUUUAUAAAUACAUACUGAACACAACAGUAUUAUUAUCUUCUGUAUGCAUAUAAAGUGCUUUCUUUUAUUUAAAUAUUUUUUUUUAUAAGUUUAUGAAACAAAUGGAAGGGACAAUCAUCAAGUAAAACAAUACAUACCUGAUCAAGAUCAACCAACAUAAUCAUUAUUAUUCAUUGUAUGUAUGACCUUCAGUGCCGGCGGAAGGCAUGUGCAACCUGUGCGACCGCACAGGGCGGCAUUAUUUAUAAAUAAAAAUAUAUAAAUUAUAAUAUAAGGGCGGCAUAUUAUAGGUAAUUGGCUCAGGGCAGCGAAAAACCUAACGCCGGCACUGAUGACCUUGUUGGUUAUAUCAAUAUUGACCUAACAAAUCAUUUGUAAUAAUCUAUUUAGUACUCAAAAUAAUAAAAUAUUAAUUAUUCAUGUUUAUUAAGGAUAUUAUAUAUAAAAAAAUAAAUGAAUAAAAAAAUUUGUACUCCAUAAUCAACCCAUAGAUAGGACAGACACACACAGAGUUGCGCUUUAUAAAUAUCAUAAUUAUCAAAAAUUGAUGUGCCCGCUUUGUUAAAUGAAUUAUCGUUCCAACGACCAACACCUCGCCCUGCCCUUGAAAUUCUUAAAAGUAGAUAUAUUUUUUUAUUAUUAAAUAAUUAACUAUUAUAUGAAUUAAAUAUUAUAAUGAGUGCUAUUGGACAAUCUGGAAUGGAGUCUUGUCGAUAAUGGAUAUAAUAUGUUUGUUUCGAGACGUUGGAACGAUGUUUGUGUGUGUGGGGGGGGGGAUGUUGACACAGAGGGAUGGAGUACCCCAACUAAUUUUUCAUAAAUUGUAGGCUACCUCUUUUUUAAUUUUUAAGGAAAACACUCGGGAUGCUUCAUUUUACAUUUUUGUCAAUGAUUCAUUAGACGACCUACGAUGAUAUUUCGUGCAUUUUGAUAAAAAUGCAAAAGAAGCAUCCCGAGUGUUUCCCAUAAAAAAUAAAAAUAGAGGUACCCGACUAUUUUUGAAACAUUAGUUUGGGUACUCCAACCCUCUCUGUAAAUCCCUCCCCCCUCCGAACGGUUAAACACCUCGCAAUAAACAUAUUAUAUCCGGUAUUGACAAGACUCCAUUCCAGAUUGUCCAAUAGCACUCAUUAUAAUAUUUAAUUUAUAUAACAGUUAAUUAUUUAAUAAUAAAAUUAUAUUUCUACUUUUAAGAAUUUCAAGGGCAGGGCGAGGUGUUGGAACGAUAAUUCAUCUAACAAAGCGGGUACAUCAAUUUUUGAUAACUAUGAUAUUUAUAAAGCACAACUCUGUGUAUGUCUGUCCUAUCUAUGGGUUGAUCAUUGAGUACAAAUUUUUUUAUUGAUUUAUAUUUUUAUAUAUAAUAUCGUUAAUAAACGUGAAUAAUUAAUAUUUUAAUAUUUUGAGUACUAAAUAGAUUAUUACAAAUGAUUUGUUAGGUCAAUAUUGAUAUGACCAACAAGGUCAUACAUACAAUGAAUAAUAAUGAUGUUGGUUGAUCUUGAUCAGGUAUGUAUUGUUUUACUUGAUGGUUGUCCCUUCCAUAUUAUUUUAUCAACUUAUAAAAAAAUAUUUAAAUAAAAGAAGGUACUUUAUAUGCAUACAGAAGAUAAUAAUACUUUUGUAAUCAGUAUGUAUUUAUAAGUAGAAAAUAUUAUGUUGUAAAUAUUGUUUUUUUUUUGACACUACUACAAUGUAUUAAAAAGAUAUGUAGGUACCUACUUAAGUUAUUGUGUAAUUGACAAUUGUUAUUGAUUAUAAAUUCAAGUUUUUUCAAACUCAAUUUCAACUUGUAGGUAUUUAAAUUUAAUAAGAUUAUACUUAUUUACUCAACAUAUACAUUCAGAUAUAAUUUUAUUUUGAACACAAAUAGAAACUAUUUAACUAGAUUAUAUUUAUUAUUAUUUAAUAGUUACUUGUAAUUUUUUUUAUUUCUCCAUUAACAAAUAUUAGAUAUUAUUAUACAUAAAAGUACUGUAAAUACUAAAUUGGUAAAUGAAAAUGUAAAAACUUUUAUUAACCACAUUAUUAAUUUUUAAUAGUGUAUUUAUAGAAAAAGCAUUUUAGUAAACCAUAUUAUUGUUGACUGGGUUACCAGCAAUUAGGCAAGAUGAGCUAACAAGAAAAUCUUUAGAAGCUGCUCAAAAUAUGGACUAGUUAUGAGUGUUAGUUCAUAAUUUAAUUUUUUUGAUGAUAAUAUAUAAUUAGUACAAAAUAUAGUUGAAUCAAAUCAUUAUACUGUACAGUAGCUGUAGCUGUAAACUAACAUUAGAAAUCCUAAAACAUAGUAGGCUGAUACCUUACCUAUACGGGCGCUGCUAUGAACUCAAUACCUAUAGAAUAAUAUAGAAUAUAGAUCAUGUGUGAAGUCUACCCGAUUAAAUCUUUUAUAACAAACUAAUGACUGCGAUUGACAAAAAAUAUUUUAUUCUUUGAUAAGAUAUUUGACAUUGAAUAUGAACUACGAAUCGAGUAAGAUUAAAAUUAAAAAAUGCAAAUUUGUUAGUAGGUACAUAAUGUCAAAAUGGUGUAUAAUUUAAAUUAAACAAAAUAUUCUUUUUACAACAUAUAACUGAGCAUCUAGCAAGGUAUUAAAUAGGUACUAUAAUAGAUGUAAGUUUACUGUGGAUUUUCUCAUCAGUAGGAAAUUUAGUAAUUCGGAAAUUCGGAAACACGUGCAAACUUAAAAAGUUAAAACGAUUAAUUGUGAGUUUAGAAAUUAGAGGCGGUACUGCGAUAGAAAAAUUGAACGAUGGUAACAAAAGUAAAAUAACGCGGACAAUAAGACAGUAAGUAGUGAAUAGUGAUAACUGAUAAACACGAUGUAGAGAUACAUUAUUAAUCUAAGACCGUGAGAUACAUCGUGCUGAAAAAGAUAACAUCGUAACUUCGACAGUUGGACCAAUAUUAUAAGUUAUCUAUAGUCUAGUAUAGAAGUCCGUAUUAUUGGUCCUUGCCAAUAAUGAGUAGCGAUACCAUCAAUACAGUGAUACCAUAGAACGUGUAUCUAUCUUUUAUCGUUUUUAAUAUUCGUUUUUCUAUAACUAAUACCUAUUAUCAUAGAUCAGAUCAUUAGACAUUUAGACACUAGCAUAUUAUUUUGUUCAUUUAUCGAUGGAUCUUAGAAACCAAACUCCUAAAGAACUUGAUUGAAGAUCUAUAAUAAAAACCGAACAAUCUAAUGAUAUUUUUUUUUUUUAAACACUCUUGUUGUUUAAUUUGGCAACAUUGUACGGAGGACGCCCACUCUAACGUUCAUAGUGAUCACAUAUUUCUCAUAGUACCUAUAAUUAUGUCUUAAUACUAAUUUAUAGUAGUUAUUGUAAAAAAUAAAACAUUGUGUGGAGAAUUGUAUUAUUAUUAUUAAAUAAUAAACACUGUGCUAAUAUUAUAAAAUGAAUCUUAAGUGUUGUGUUUGCUCUUGUCAGCAAGGCAAGUCGUCGCAUAUCCAAUUGUUCCCGUUUCCAAAAAAUCUCAUCCUUAAGAGAAAAUGGUUAAUUGCUUUGAACAAAUCAUUUAUACCAAGAAGACAUCAUAGGAUAUGUUUAAGACAUUUUGAAAAAAAAAGUUAUGUGAAAAUAGAUGGUUUUAUUGUAUUGAAGAAAAAUGCUAUUCCAUGGUAUACCCAUAGAUUUGAAUCUGUAAGUGUAGACGAUACGGAGAUAGAGAACUUCAUCAGAACAAUUGUAACUGAAGACUGGAUUGUUAAAAAAUUAUGCAUAUCAUUUAAAGGUAUAACAAAUUUAAAUGAGGAUACUAAAUUAACAUUACGGCCUUUAAUCGAACGGGGUGCAUCUAUAUUAAUCUGUUCUAAGUAUUUUAAAGACUUAUUGGAUGAUAUAAAAAAUAAUAACAUUCCAAAUUAAAUUAAACUACGACUUUGUUAAACUUAAUCGGCAUGAUUAAUUUAAAGAUAUCAUAACAUUUAUUGUUUUUAUAAUUUAAAUUCUAAGUAAUCAAAUUAAUUUUUAAUUUUUUUAAUACUUUUCAACUACAUUAUACUACUCUUGGAAGUGAAUGCAAUAAAGCAAGACAUUAUUUUACAAA